CAACGCCCGGUCGCUUCCGGAGGCUGCGACGGGUGGGCGGGGCCUCGGCGCCGCCAGGGAGGGUCCGCGGCCUGCGGUUCCGCGCGUGGCGGCUCGCGGCGUGCCGGGCGCGGGCGAGGAACUUGAGAUCCUUGGUGACCUUUGCGUGCGGGGUUCCAAGAGGCGGAACGGAAGGCAGCCAGGCCUGGGUUGCUGGGGCGGACGUGAGCCCCACCUGUCCGUCCCUGCCAGCGUCCCCCUGGGCGCCGGGUUCGGUCCUCCGGCUUGGCCCAGCGCGAGGCCGACCGAGUACUCUUCGCGUCCCAGGGACAGUGACUCAUGUAAAAUUAACUUGAAGAUGAGACGUCAACAAUUUGUUGACCUACAGGAUGCUUCGAUACUCGUGUUUUUAUAGGAUAUAUAAAGAAUUUCCUUCAUGCUGGUUGGAAUUCGGCAGGCUUAAUUUGGGAUCUUGGCCAAAAAGAGUGCAUUCUACAGCUGAAAGAUGUAAUGAGUAUGAAACCCAGGGACAUGCGUCUCAGAUUGGACCUCAGGAGUUCCACAGUUCUCAAGAAAGAGAUUUUGAAGUUAUGCCUAAAUUACACAUUCCAGUGAUGGUGGAUGAAGUUGUUCGUUGUUUGGCACCACAGAAAGGACAGAUUUUUCUAGACAUGACAUUUGGUUCAGGAGGACACUCAAGAGCCAUACUACAGAAAGAGUCAGAUAUUAUCCUGUACACCCUAGACAGAGACCCAGCAGCCUACGCUAUAGCUGAGCAGCUUUCAGACUUAUAUCCUAAACAAGUCCGAGCGAUGUUAGGGCAGUUCAGCCAAGCGGAAGAUUUAUUAAUGAAAGCUGGAGUGCAGCCAGGGACUUUUGAUGGAGUUCUUUUGGAUCUUGGGUGUUCCUCCAUGCAACUUGAUGCUCCUGAACGAGGUUUUUCCAUUCGGAAGGAUGGCCCCUUGGACAUGAGGAUGGAUGGUGGCAGGUACCCUGACAUGCCCACCGCUGCUGAUGUUGUGAAUGCUUUAGAUCAACCGGCACUUGCCUCCAUCCUCAGGACGUAUGGGGAAGAAAAGCAUGCCAAGAAAAUUGCUUCAGCAAUCGUGCUGGCACGUACUGUCUGUCCCAUCACCAGAACCCAGCAGCUUGCCAGAGUCAUUGCAGGUGCGUUUCCUCCCUCUGCUAUUUACGCUCGAAAAGACUUGCUGCAGCGAUCUACGCAUAUUGCUACCAAGACCUUCCAGGCCCUUCGCAUAUUUGUGAACAAUGAGCUCAAUGAACUCUACGCAGGACUGAAGACAGCCCAGAAGUUUCUGAGACCUGGUGGUCGCCUUGUUGCCCUCUCUUUCCAUUCGCUAGAGGAUCGCAUUGUCAAACGAUUUUUACAUGGGAUAAGCAUGACAGAAAGGUUUAACUUAACUAUUAAACAGAAGGUGGCAGAGGCCUCACAAUUGAGCUCAGAAGUCCCUGCAGGAAAAGCUCCUUUAAUGUGGAAAUUGAUAAACAAGAAGGUACUUACUCCAGAGGAUCAAGAUGUACAGGAAAACCCCAGAGGACGCUCAGCUAAGCUUAGAGCAGCUAUCAAAUUAUGAGAAAAGUACCAUCAUCUAAUCUUCAAAUUUUAGUUAUUCCAGAAUAACUGUAUAGAUCUCAAAAUGUGAGAGUGUGGAGAUUAAUGGUGUUUAGCAUUUUUUCUCAGAAAGCAACUUAAAAAAAUAUUAGCUUAACAGAAAAUUUAACUCAACAUCAUGUCAAUGCUCAGAAAAUGCUCAUCUUUG